AUGCUAGGAAGUGGUGUUGACUAUAACUAUUGUCUCAAUUCCCUCACAAAUUGGAGUGAAAGCGUGGAGCAAGCUUGCCAGGGUCAGACGGUUCUCCAAAGUGGUGUUAUCGUGGAGGCCAAAGCCUUGUCGCUCUCAUUUACUCACAAUGCCGACAUUGCUUGUCUGCAAGAUAGUCAAGAUAACUGGUGUUUUUUCGAGUCCCAAACAUGGCAAGGAAGUGACUAUAUCCGAUACGACCCUGCUAUGUGCUGGAAUGACGAAGAUAAUCCGACAAUUUGCGACGACCCGGAUUUUGAUAUCAGCUCGCUCACUGAAGAUAUGAUGGCAAUAACAAACCUUUAUAAUACGUCCUUGUUCUGUAGUGAAUGUUUCUUGGAGCUUUACCGGCAGAGACUCCUUGAUCCAUGGUUGACAGCAAGUAAUUUUACUGACUAUCUUAUUGAUCAAUUUGAUCUAGUACAAUUAAACUGUUCUACCAGUAUGCCGUAUACAACAUCAUCAGCCACUCUGUAUGUUGGUCCACAGACGGUCAUGCCGACAACGGUUACUGUUACUACAGACAUUACAGUAGCACCCACACCAACAUGUCUGGGCCAAGUGGUUCAACCAAUCUCUAAUUGGCUCACUUGUAAUGAUCUUUGCGACCAGUACAAUGUCUCAACAGGUGAUGCACGUUUGGCCACAGGGGAUCCUGAUUGCUAUUUUGAUAGUCCUAUCUGUCUUCCACCGCCCUGUUACAUACAACCCGUUUGGAACUCACCCAGUUGUGAAUCUUUGGCCAAACUGGCCUCCAACACAACAUAUAACGUUUCUGAAACCCAAUUUCUGUCAUGGAACGGCAACAUACUGGGUAGUUGUGAUGGAGUCGCCAAUGGCCAGCGUAUAUGUCUACAAGCUCCUGGAGGGACAUAUCCAUCUCCCUCUGUGACAAUCGUAGCACCCACAGGAACGGCAUACUAUACCACCGCAACGCCAGCUUACCCAACGCAGAGUGGUACCAUAACUGACUGUGGUCUCUAUUAUCAAGUGGGAACAAGCGAUGACUGCUCUACUGUUGAUCUGAGAUUUGGCAUCACAUUCUCGCAGUUAAAAAAGUUGAACACGUAUCUGGAUGACAGUUGCAGCAAUCUAUGGCUGAAUUACGAUAUAUGUGUCGCUGAGGUAGUUCAGCCGGCAAUCUCCACUGAUGGAAGCUGUGGACUCGGUGUCACAUGUAUUGGGACUGUUGUUCGCCGACUGGCCAGUGUACGAAUGAUUGCGGCUCGCCUGGUAACAGUACUGUUAGCACAGACGGCUCAUGUGGACCAAACAAUGGUUUUAGGACAUGUCCGGGCUCUGGAUUCGGUGAUUGCUGUAGUAUCUAUGGCUACUGUGGGAAUAGCACCCAGUUCUGUGGUGCAGGCAAUUGUUAUUCCGGAGCCUGUGCUACAGAUAAUGGCGGGCCAUCCACCACCGGUGAAUGUGGCCCUCUCUUUGCAGGAAACAAGACUUGUACAGGAACACAAUUCGGCAACUGUUGCUCUACUAGCGGGUACUGCGGCAGUUCAUCCGCUUAUUGCGAUCCUCCCAAUUGUUACUCCGGGGCUUGUACAACGUCAGGCUAUCCCUCGACCAAUGGGUUAUGCGGCCCUCUUUGGCCCAAUAACAUGA